AUGGACACUUUCGUUUCACUUCAUCACUUUGCAAACAAGAUUAGACCUCCUAGCCUUGGACCAAAUAGACUUGAAGAUGUAUUUGAUAUGUUUUGUAGAGGAGUGUGCAUAUGUAGACCCUUUUGGGAUCAUGUGUUGGGUUAUUGGAAGGAGAGCUUAGAGAAACCUCAAAAAGUAAUUUUUCUAAAGUAUGAGGAGAUGAAAGAAGAACCCAUUAUUCAUGUAAAGAGAUUAGCUGAGUUCUUGGGUUGCCCGUUUUCUCUAGGUGAAGGAACAUUAGGAGUGGUGGAUGAGAUCUUAAGGUUGUGUAGUUUUGAUCAUUUGAGUAGUUUAGAGGUGAACAAGAAUGGAAAGUCGUCAUCAGGGGAGGAGAAUAAAGCCUACUUUCGACGUGGUGAGGUCGGAGAUUGGAAGAAUUAUCUGACAGAUGAGAUGGUCGACUGCCUAGUCCAAAUCGCCUAG